AGCGGCCAGAAGGAGAGUCGUUGGUCAUCAAAAUUCAAACCCGUGCUGCUCAUUUGGUCGCCUCCUCCAUCAACCGCAACACUUCUUGGCCUUUAUCAUUAAAUUCUUAUAUUUUAGGAUAAAAUUGAAAUUUCAAUUUUGAACCCACUUUUUGGGCGGAAAAUCAAAUCCCUGACUUCAAUUCAAAAGUUUUCCGAACCCAAAAACCAUGAUGAAUCUUCCACCAAAUCCUCGCAAAUGGCUGAUAUUGAACCUCCCCCCUCCUCCUUAGGGUUCGAUGAUCUGGACCACGAAUCGGAGCUCCAACCAGCUCCACCAUCUAGAUCAUCGACCGGGGAGCCGGUAUAAGCUCAGAUGACGAUGAACGCGAUGAUUUUAAUACGCUGCCGAUGAAUUAUGGCGCUCGAUCAUCGGAACCCGCCCCAAUUAAACGCAUGCGAUGUCAUGUGGCCCCUCAUUAACGGCCCUUUUUAGGUGCAACAAUUUGAUUACUAAGGAAAGACAUAUUAUCUCCUUUUGCUUAUUCUUCACUUGCCAUGACAGACAAUUCUUCAAAGGAAUGCUAUUCUCUCUGCGGUAGUUCAAAGUUCUUUUUGAAUGGGCACUGCUCUCACGUCUUCACAAUCAGCAAAACAGUUGAAUGAGAUCUAGAGUAUAAACUUGUUGAACUCCUCGGAUUCAACAGAUAAAGAAGUCCGAUGCAAUAAUUUAGCCUUUUUGGAGUCACAUGUUAGCCUCUUAAGAAGUUUCAGUUGAUUGAAUCUGAUUCUGAUGAAGGGAUAAAUAAAGUACAUUUGCCUUCUAAUGGUAAAUUUACUUUUCAUGAAGUUGGAACCUCUGCUGAAUCGAAGAAGGCUAUUGCUCCAGAUAUUAUGGCGCCAACAAAAGAUAUGUGGGAAGACAUACAUUCUGAUUGGAGCUUUCGCAUUCCAUCUCCAGCUUUGGAUGAGUUCCGUGAAGAGUACUCCAUAUCUGUCAAGUCUUACAAGUUUGAGAAAGUAUCUUUUGUAUCCAGCAAUUUAAGGAAAAAUGAAAUGGAACAAAUAGCAACCGGUCCUCCUCAUCCUGCGUAUUCUUAUUAUUAUCACGAGGAUUCAAGGAUCUUAGAGCUUGUUAAAGCCCGUUUGCCCCAUUUCUUGCCAUUGUUCUGCGUAAACAAUCAAGGGCUUAAACAGCAUAGUGCUUACAGAAUUGAUUAUAUGUUUCAAUGUGUUAAUUAUGAUAGGUUUGAUGUGUACUUUUGCUAAUGGGACAAACUGCUCAUUUGUAUUACCAGGAGCCAGUUCAACUACAGGCUACAGCCUUCCAAGAUUCAACAAUAGCGGGGGCUAUGAUUGUGAUGAAGAUCAAAAUACUCUAAAGCAGCUAGAGGAUUUUUGAGCAAGGUAGAAUAUUGCAAAUAAUGGGCAAUCAUUGAAACAAUUUUAACUCAUUUGAUGAGCUUAAGUACUAUGUGUCGUGGAUUUAAUAGAGCACAGCAGAAGUAAUGGAUGCCUGCCUCGCACAGCAUUAAACUGAAGAAGAUUUGAAAAGUGUCUUCUCUUUUUUUAAUUUCUUUUGAGCUGCAGAGUACAUAUAAAAUAUUAGACAAAGGCUGUAUAUUAAUAGUUGAUUAGGUCAUGAGGCCACUUUCUUCAUAACUUGAUCACACUGAUAAGUCUAUUGGUUUGGCCAUGAUUAUGAAUUGCGGCCAUAUUUCUGGCUGCUUUGGGUGGUAUUUCCUUGAAGAGACGAGGUUUUGGACUUUGGUGAUGAACGUUGUGUGGAGGUUUCCAUUUUUUUAGCAGCUUAUUCCCUUGACGCCUGAGCUUGGGAUUGAAGUUGGUGAAGGAACAAUUUUCUGCCAAAAUGGAUGAUUUUGCUUUCCAUUAUUGAUCUUUCUUGUACCAUUUCCAUAUCUGCUUGAUUGCAUUCCCUUGGUGAUAAUGUUACGGGUCGACCAUAAUGAAGUCUCCUGUUACACCUGAGUUUGCAGCAUUGGAGGGUCUGCUGCUUAUUACCAUUGGCUAUGGAGAUCAUUUGAUGUACAGUUUUGAUUCUUAGCUGCUUGCUGAGAGAGUGAGAUUGCAAGUUAGGCAUGGAUGUUUCGGCUGUUUAUAAUGGUGUGCUGUAACUGUCAUUUUCAUUAUUUGAUAUCUUGGUGAUCAUCGGCAAUGACUUCAUAUCUGCCGGAUUUAUCUACCACCAAUCUAACUUCUCUCCCCUUUGAUUUGCCUUGCAUCUGAGAUUUGAUUUGAC